AUGUUCGCGUAUGUACGCUACGAGCAAGACAGCCAGCAUGCAAUUCUGCCGGUCUCGCUUAUAAAAGACAUUAAACCGCAGAACGCUACUGACUACAAUAAGGUUUUGAGGGUUCAGGCCUACUGGAGGGGUGAGAAUGACAAAGACAAGGGGUACUAUUUGGCAUUCACGAACCUGUAUGCCCAGCAGGCUGGAAAACCAUACACUCCUACGACAGAGCAAGAGAUGCGAUCUUUCUUGGGUCUGAACCUCCUGAUGGGUAUAAAACGGAGUCCAAGCUAUCGGGAUUAUUGGUCCAGCGCGCCGGACCUGCAUGACCCAUUCAUAUCGAAGAUCAUGACAGUGAACAGAUUUGGUUGGCUGCUGUCUCAUCUGCAUCUAAAUGACAAUGUGCUACAGCCACCAAGAGCCCACCCUGAUUUCGACCGGCUUUAUAAAGUGAGGCCACUUUUAUCGGAACUUUCACGAAGCUUUGCAACAAACUACCUACCAAAGGAGUACCUCGCAAUUGACGAGUCAAUGAUCAAGUUCAAAGGCAGGAGUUCCCUAAAGCAGUACAUGCCGAAAAAGCCCGUGAAACGUGGAUACAAGGUAUGGAUGUUGUGCGCCAGCACCGGCUACAACCUGAAGUUUGAAAUCUACUCUGGAAGGUCCGAAAGCGGAGUGCAAAAAGAGUUGGGUGCACAGGUUGUCAAGAAAUUGUGUCAAGACAUAUCUGGGAGGCAUCACCGUGUGUUCUUUGAUAAUUAUUUUACGAGCUAUGGUCUCCUGAAGGACUUGAGGGAACAGGGAAUAUAUGCGUGCGGAACAGUGAACCACAACCGGAAGCAUCUGCCCAAGUUGCAAGCCGACAAAGAAAUGGAAAGAGGGAACACUGAUUGGUCAGUCAGUGAUGAGAGUGUUUGUUGCAUGAAGUGGAAGGACAAGAGAACUGUCCACCUUUUGUCGAACUUCCACGACCCCACGCAGGGGGCUGAAGUCGACCGGAAAAACAAGGAUGGGACCGUCACCAAGGUACCAUGCCCUGCUGCUCUCCAUGACUAUAACAAAAACAUGAACUUUGUAGACAAGUUUGACCAAAUGUAAGGGCAGUAUGAAAUCGAUCGAAAAUCAAAAAAAUGGUGGCACAGGAUAUUUUUUCACUUCCUGGACUGCUGCGUGGUGAACGCAUACAUAAUCUUCAGGGAGAUUGAAGAAGCUGAGCGGAUGACAAUGAAGGAUUUUCGCCGCAGUGUGAUCUCAUCAUUGACUGCUGAAGCACAAGUAGCCUCCAAAGCCAAGAGGAGGUCCUCUACCGAUGCAGCUGUGCAACUGAAAAAGUCAAAGCCCCGCGUUGACACGAACGUCCGCCUGACUGAGAGCAAGCACCAACCAAAAAGAUGUACACCCCGCAGGUGUGCAAGGUGCAGCACCAAAACGAAGCCGUCCAGAACAACGUGGAUGUGCGAAACGUGUGAUGUUCCACUCUGCCUGAGGAAAGAAAAAAACUGUUUUUUUGACUUCCAUAAAAAAUAA